UUUUCUGCAGAUGAGAUGCGGAAAGAAUGGAAACUCUUCCACUGAGGCAGUUCCUGCGCUACUGACUUUCCAGCUUUGGGAUUGUCAAAAGAAAACAUGAACCGGUUUGAGUCGGGCGGCCACAUUCCUUUCCGCAAGGGGGACUCAGGUUGCUUCUGUCGUCUGUGUGCUCAAGGUGUGCUCUGGGAGGGGCCUGUGAGCCAACAGUGACCUCAUGGGGGAAGGAGGGGCCGGAGCAGCUGGCCAGGCGUCCCAAGGGUGUGGCUGGCUGAAAAUCAGCCAGGCAGCCACUUUGGGGUCUCCCAGAGGGCGGCAAGUGCCAGCAAGGAGAAACAAGCCCAGCGCCAGAGCUGGGGUGAUCUGCUGUUAGCCUGAAAGGCGUCUCUCCCAUUGAUCAUCCAGCUGCAAACCUCUUGCCCUGCGGCUCCCAGGAGCUUCCUGCUGGAUUCCCAUGGAUCGCGGGCUGACUGUUGAAAACCCCUACGCCAGCGUGAGCCUCCCUCGUGCCCGGCUCCCAGGCAGCUUCCUGAAGUAUUACCUGGGUGAGGACUGCACCCCAGACACAGUUCUCUCUGACCCCAGCAGCUGCUGUACUUCCUCGGUGCAGGAGAAGGAGAGGGAGGCCACUCUGCAGGGGGUGCCACCCAAUGCCCCCUGGGGCACGCAGAGGAUCUCGACGCAGGAAUCGUGGGCCCAGCCUUACAACCCCUAUGCCAGCCUCAAGAUGCCCCAACAGGGCUCUCCACAACCCUUCCACUGGAAGAGCCAGCAGGAGGGCUGCUGCUGCUGCUCCUGUUUCAGAAAAUGCUGCCCCUGCUGCUGCAGGAAAUGCGCCUGCGUCAUCUCCUAACUCUGCUGGCGUUCACUGGGGG